AGUUUGCUGCCCCCGAGAUUGUCGAACGCGAGCCGGUAGGCUUUUAUACCGAUAUGUGGGCCUGGCGGUGUACUGGCUUAUGUUCUAUCGCCGACAAGCAGCGCCUAGAUUUGUCAUCAAGCCGCAGAGCGCGUUCGCCUACGAAGGACAGAGCGUGAAGUUCACUUGUCGCGCGAUCGCGAUUGCAGCACCGACCCUGUCUUGGUCGCAUAACAAUCAGGAGCCACGGGAAUCCGUCAAAUUCAUGAAGCGGUACCACGGCGACGAUUACACCUUCAUUAUUAACAGAGUCAAGUUGGAAGACAGAGAAGAAUAUAUUAUACGCGCGGAGAAUCAUUAUGGCUACCGUGAGGAGGUCGUUUUCCUUAAUGUACAACCACUACCGAGAGAAAUUCCGAAGUAUAGGCCCGAGUUGCAUCCUGUACACAGACGAGAACCGCUUGGUUACAACGUGUGGCUGGAGACGAUUAAGUCGGCACCGAGCUUCACCUUCCUGCUACGACCACGUGUCAUCCAGAUCAGACAGACUUGCAAGCUGCUCUGCUGUCUGAACGGUAAUCCAAUGUCCACCGUGAAAUGGUAUAAGGACAGAGAGGAAUUGUCCAAGUAUAAUUAUCCCAUGAGCAAUGCCGACGGCGUCGUCACGAUGGAGAUCGUUGACUGCAAACCGGAGGAUAGCGGCAAAUAUCGUUGUGUAGCUUCCAACAAGCACGGCAAGGAUGAAACUAGUUGCGUGGUCAUCGUAGAAGGCACUGGAGAAACGAAGGAGCAAGUAAAAUUAGUACACGACCUUCUACAUUCCGGAGAUCGAAGGUUUAUCGAGCAACCACUGAAACCAACACCACCGCCAAUCGUGACAAUUCACAAAUCCAGUGGAUACAGCGGCUACAGUUCCACGACCACUCAAGGCCAAUCAAGCUCCACUUCUUCAUACAUACCUAAAUGUGAUCACUUAAAAACAUGAUACAGUGUUUCAUGAUAUGCAUUAUGUUUGCGUUUAAAGAACUGAAAUUUAAAUAAGUUGUAUUUUUAUAAAUAAAGAUUAUUUAUGUG